AUGCCAGCUUCCAUUACUGUAUUGUGUUAUAUAAUGAGUUAUCAAAAAAAAUUAAUCUCUAAUAAAAAUCUUUUGAUUGUUAAAGCUUCGAAUAUUGUAAGAUCCCGAAGCCUAAACUCUUCUUUAAACAUAAUUCUGACUAGAUUUUAUCACUAUGAUACUAUUCAAGAAUUAAACUUACCUGAAUUUGAAGACAAGGAUGUGGUGCUUGCUACUGAAAAUUUCCAUAUCGUUGAAGGCACUGGCCAAACUGAUGAAAAAUAUUCUAUUUUAAAAAUUACCUUAAACGAUAUUGUUCGUUUUGAUACUCUUGACUCUAACAAUCUACUUGCAUUCCCAAUAUUAAUUAACAUGACGGCGUUAGUUCAAGAAGACCUGGAAAUCAACAAUGAAGAUGUAGUCAUCAAUGUUUUGACUAAAAAUUACAUAGACCAAGGUUAUAAUAAUCUUAAAUUAACGUACUAUCACCCCACUUCUGUGCAAUAUUUGACAAAUACAACAGCCAUUAUAAAGAAAGAUUCUGUAAUCUAUAUUAAUGGGAAACUCAUGAUAACUGAUAAUGAUAACAUAGAAUCAAAGAAACAAAAUAAUACAAAUCAACAAAAUGCUUCUACCAUUGCUCAAACCAUAGCUACCAGAGUUAAAAGAAGCACCUGA